AUGGCGGCAGCGACACAGGUCUUUCGUUCUGGAGCUACAGCUCUCAUCACUGGCGCCGCUUCAGGCGUCGGCCUCGCUGUGGCCAAGCUAUGCGCUUCACACUCCAUGAACCUCUUCCUCGUCGACAAUAACACCGAGAAGCUCAAUGAUGCCCUCAAGACCAUACAAAGCUCCAACAAAGGCAGCACGCAGAUUCACUCUAUGGACGUUGGCAAGCUCGAAGAUUGGAACGCUUUGAAAUACAAAGUAGAGAGCGAUGGCACUAAGCUGGACUUCUUGCAUCUCAACGCUGGAAUCGGUCUCAAGAGCGACUGGACAGACAGCGCAUACUUCCAGAAGAUCUUCGAGGUGAACUUCUUUGGCGUGGUAAAUGGCCUCAACACAUUCUUCCCACACUUCGACGGAAACAGCAAAGAGCAGAAAGCGAUCAUCGUAACUGGUUCGAAGCAGGGUAUUACCAAUCCGCCGGGUAAUCCAGCAUACAAUGCCAGCAAGAGCGCAGUCAAGACCAUCGCCGAGCACCUCCACUUCGAUCUUGCGAAGUCUAGCCCGAAGACUUCAGUCCACCUUCUUGUACCGGGAUGGACUUUCACGGGUCUUACCGGAGGCGGCAAGACUACGGCGAAGCCAGAUGGCGCUUGGGCGCCGGAGCAGGUAGCGGACUACCUAUACCAAAAGAUGGGCCAGGACAAGUUCUACGUCAUUUGCCCAGACAACGAUGUUGAUUGGGAAACUGACAGAAAGAGAAUGACCUGGACAAUGGGCGAUGUUGUCUAUGAGCGUAAGCCACAAUCGCGGUGGCUGGACGAAUUCAAAGACGAGGCGAAUGAGACUAUGAGCAGGAUGCAUCUUGGUGCCAAGCAGUCCGGUAGCUCUUCGUGA